AUAUCCGAAUGGAUUCGCAAAUUCUUCGUCUUUGAUCAUCUCUUCUGUUUCUGCGCUAGAACUCAGCGAGUUCUUCACGAGCUCAUCGUCGACCCUACCACGGUCAAGGACUUGUACAGACCUUGGCGUCUUGGAGAAGUUGCUAAUAGUUUUAGUCAAGGGUGUAGUCCACCAAUUACUCCUACAGUUACAGUUCUUUGCUUUCAAUUAGUAGACCUGUGAUUUCGCUUUAAUAAAGCCAGAGUAAGCAUUCUGUAGAUUUGAAUUGGUAGCACAAAUAGAGACUGAGAAGCCUCCUGUAGGAAAUAUAAAAAGAGCUGCUUCUCUUGGUGAGUAACCAUGCAAUUGCUUGAUAUAUUUCCGGGUAAUAUAUUUAUAUGUACGUUGUAUAUUGCAUGUAUGGCUACUGUCUUCAUGAACUUUCAUUUAUCUUAGGUCCUCUCUUAAUUUGGUUCACAUUUUUUUGUGUGAUAUGCAAUGGUCAAUUUAAUGUUUGCGUUGUGUGCACUUUGAUAACAUGAAAUGGAUAUCUUGAUUUUUUUUUUCUUUGUGUUACUGUCCUUUGUGAAAUUUAGAACACUUUUUUCUUUUUUGUUUAUGUAUUUACAAUUUACAUUUUCUUGGUAUGAUGUAUCUUUGUUUUGAUGUUAAAAUUGGAUGCUUUAUUAGUUUUGUGACAAUCCUCCUUUUCUCCUUAAAGACCCAUAAAACAAACGACUUUUCUAGCUGUUUCUGAAUUGUUUUUAGCUUACUAUAAGUAUUGUGCUAUUGUUGUCAGUAGAAGCAUUCUGAUCUAUUAAAUAUGCUUAGUGAUUUACCUAGUGCUCAAGAUGGCUGGUGUGAAACGAAGAAUUCAUAAUGAUUCAGAUAUCCUUGCUUUGCAUAAAGAAUUGGAUGAAGUCUCCUGCCCUAUCUGCAUGGACCACCCACAUAAUGCUGUUCUUCUACUUUGCAGCUCUCAUCACAAGGGUUGCAAACCUUAUAUAUGUGACACAAGCCAUAGGCAUUCAAAUUGCUUUGACCAAUUCAAAAAAUUAAGAGAAGAAACUAGGAAGAGUCCACGCUUAUCAAGUCCUUCACCUAUAAAUCCAUAUAGCUUUAGUAGUCCUACAAACAACCUGGGUCUGAGCAUUGAUUUGAAUGAAGUUGAUGAUAAUCAAAAUAUAAAUGAAAGGAACACUGUUGCAUCUGCUGGAUUACCUGUUGUAGUUUUAGGGGAUAAUGGAACUGAAAAUUCUAAUAGAACUUUAGACUCAAAUGAGGCUGGAGAUCUGGAUACUGUUGGUGCUGGGUCUAAUACUGAAAGGGAUGAGCAGGAAGGUUUGGGUGCUGUGAACUCAUCCGAGUACUCAGAUUUGAAGUGCCCCAUGUGCCGAGGAGCCGUGCUAGGCUGGGAAGUUAUAGAAGAAGCAAGAGAAUAUCUUAAUCUAAAGAAACGAAGUUGCUCCCGUGAAACUUGCUCAUUCUCUGGCAACUACCAGGAACUACGCAGGCAUGCUAGAAGAGUUCACCCGACAACACGGCCUUCAGUCAUAGACCCAUCUAGAGAACGGGCAUGGAGACGCUUGGAGCGACAGAGAGAAGUUGGUGAUGUUGUUAGUGCCAUCCGCUCAGCCAUGCCUGGUGCCCUUGUGGUUGGAGACUACGUAAUUGAAAAUGGAGAUGGUGGUAUGGUGGCAGCUGAAAGAGACAGUGGCACAGGUGAUGUCAAUGGGCCAUUGCUGACUAGUUUCUUUCUGUUUCAUAUGUUUGGAUCGGUUGAUGGUGCUCGAGAGCCAAGGCCACGUUCAAGGUCUUGGGUGAGGCAUCGACGCUCUGGAGGAGGAACACCCGUACCAGAGCGCCGGUUCCUUUGGGGUGAAAACCUUUUGGGAUUACAAGAAGAUGCAGAUGAGGAUUUCCGCAUAUACAUCGGAAUGGGCGACGAUGCAUCACCACCUACGAGAAGGAGACGCGUAACGAGGCCUGAAUCUGAUACAGAUCAACCAUGAGAGGAUUGGUCUUCUGUGGCGGGCAUCCCAGCAAUGAUCCAUCCAUCCAUCCAUCCAUCCCAUCUUGUUGGGUCGUCUGGAACAUCAAGAAAUUUGUGCUUCCGAAGUCUCCAAGGGAGGCGUUUAGUUGGCCAUCAUCUUGAUGCAGAAUACCCCGCCCAGCAAUUGGCCCUCAACAAGAAGCAAGAAGCAGCCGGAUAAGAGUAAUAAGCGUCAUCUUUUGGAAGUGUUCUCAGAUGGAAUCACAAUCCUUUAUUUUAUCUGAAUUUAAGUUCUAAAUGAUUGCAUGAUGUCCUUUUCCAAUCUUUGUAUAUAAAUGGGAUAAUGAUUUCAUUUGAUCAAUCUAGUGUGAUGGUGGUUCUAUUUA